AUGACUAAUUUGGGAUUAAUGCACUAUUUUCUUGGGAUCGAGAUAGCUCAAUUUGAAGAUAAGAUCUUCAUUGCUCAGAAGAAAUAUACCACCAGUCUAUUAAAAAAGUUCAAAAUGGAAGGUUGCAAAACAGUAGCAACACCUCUGGAUAACAACAAGUCACUUAGAAAAGAAGAUGGCACUCCAAAAGCAGACGGUUCACAAUUUCAAAGCUUAAUUGGAAGUUUACUCUAUCUCAGAGCUACAAGGCCAGACAUGAUACUACUUGGGUAUACUGAUAGCGAUUGGGUAGGAUCAGUAGAUGAUAUGAAGAGCACAUCAGGCUACGCAUUCACAUUAGGUUCCGAAAUAUUCUCUUGGGCAUCAAAGAAAAAGGCAGCGGUUGCACAAUCAUUAGCUGAAGCAGAGUAUAUUGCAGCAGCAAUGGCAACGAGUCAAGCUAUAUGGUUAAAACGUAUAUUUGAAGGCACGGGAGAACCACAAAAUGAAGCAACAGAGAUCAACUGCGAUAGCAAGUAA